GUAGUAUUGAGAAUGCCCAGCAGGGGGCUGCUCUAAUCCAGGAGGCGGCCAGGGUGGCUGAGGCUCAGAAGUCACAGUGUGGGUGGUGAGACUCUGCGCGCUCUGGAAGGUGGGACCACAUGGAUUCAGAGCAGACCACUGGAAGGCAAUUAGGUCACAAGAGUGGAUCCCAGGACCCCAGGGAGGAACAGUGAGAAGUCGGCCAUCUGCAACCAGGAAGAGGCCUCACCAGAACCCGUCCAGCGGGCACCGUGACCUCCGACCUCCAGCCUCCAGCCUCCAGAAGCCAGCAGGGCUGGUCGGCUGGGGCGGUGGUGGGGGCUAUAAGCGGCUGGGGCGCCCACCCUCAAAGCAAGAGUCUGAGUGAAGAGGAGACGGCGCUGGAACCUAUGGACACGUCGUACCCCCGCGAGGACCCCCGGGCUCCGAUGCCCCGCAAGGCUGACGGCGCCCUCCACACGGCCCUCACCCUGGGGGCACCGGGACCCCCACCUCGAGACCACUUGAUCUGGUCCGUGUUCAGCACCCUCUACCUGAACCUGUGCUGCCUCGGCUUCCUGGCGCUGGCCUACUCCAUCAAGGCCCGAGACCAGAAGAUGGCUGGAGACCUCGAGGCAGCCCGGCGUUUUGGCUCCAAAGCCAAGUGCUACAACAUCCUGGCCACUAUGUGGGCAUUGGUGCCGCCUCUGCUGCUCCUGGCGCUGGUGGUGACGGGCGCCCUGCACCUGUCCCGGCUGGCCAAGGGCUCUGCCGCCUUCUUCAGCACCAAGUUCGACGACUCAGAUUAUGACUGACAGGCUGGGCCCUGUCCCCGUCCUGACCCAGGGACCCUGGCCCCAGAGCACUGCCCCAGGCGCUCCACCCUAAUCCCCUGGAACCCCAGCUCUCCUACAGGCUUAAGGCUCACCACCAGCCCCACUCUGGGCACCUAACACUGACCUUGAAGACCCUCCUUUUGGACCCAAGGGGUCUUGCUCUGACCUUGAUGCUCCCUAGUUCCCUCCCUCCCCACUCACCAGGCUUAGCUUUGGCUUCACAAUUAAAAGUGCCUGGCUCUAGAAAGUGCCUUCUGGGACCCAUUCCUGGCUCGGUAGGGGGAGUGUCUUCCUGAGGGAGCUUCCUAGGGACCACCGCAGCCGAAUCCCCUUGGACUGCCCCCAGCAUGGAUGGUGGGACGUCCUGUCCUGCAGCUUGGCCGUGCCCUGACUAUUCCCUUUACUCAGCUGGUCCUGUGGCUUCUGGGUGGAGGUGCCUGAGUAUUUUAGAAUGAAGUUUGGAAACUCAA